AUGCCUUUGAUGUCACCCGUUUUUGUCAGCAUGCCUCCUGCCUUCUCUCCAAAACAUUACUCAACAGCCUUUUCUACUCCACCAUUAUCAGCUUCUCCGUUCGAACUACCACCGAUGCUAGAAUUAAUGGAUACAAGCUCUCCAUCACCAACCUCACCAAAACCAACCAUCUCUGAAGAUCCAUCAGAUGACGAAUCUCAUCUCUCAUCAUCCAGUCAUCCACUCCCGGCCUUUCUUGAACCAGUCCCACUCCUCAGCAUGCAUCUGCAAGAGUAUGAGUCUGCCUUUCGUCCAGAUUUUUUUCCAGCUCUGAAAGAAAGACAUCGGCUCUCACUGCCCUCCUCUUUUGUCUGUCCUCCUACGGCAAAGCGCGACAGGCGGGCAACAAUCCCCGGUAUUCUCCAUUCCCGGCCUACACUUCAAAUGUAUAAACAAGAUAAAGAAGAAGAAAAAGAAGAAGAAUACAGUAGCAAUAACAAUCAUAAUCAGCAUCAGCAUCAGCAUCAGCAUCAACAUCAACAUCAACAUCAACAUCAGCAUCAGCAUAAUUAUAUGAUACCUUGUGGUAAAUUAUCAUUUACACAAACCAACAAGAUACCCGCACUCCAGAUACCCAUCCCGCGUCGAUCGAUGCCAAUUUUACCUAGACCAGCUGUAGAACAAUAUCAAUAUCAAGAACAGGAGCAGAACCAGCAACAAGGUCUGAUUGAUCCACUCAAUCAUAUUCCUUUGCCCACAUCUCCCACCAUGGCUGCUGCUUCGGCUGCUGCCGCAAGUGCUGUCAGUAGUGCUACAAACAAUAAUAGUGCUACCCAAAGUGCUACUCCAAACCUUUCCCGUGCUGUUACUGCAACCAUGACAAACACCCCUGACCACAAUAACAAUAACAAUAACAAUAACAAAAACAAUAACAAUAACAAUUAUCUCAACCACAGACAAGAUCGUCUUCUUCUUCUACCCACGCGUCUGGAUAACAUUAUAGAGACAGCCGUAGAUCUCCGCCAACCGCACGGCACUUUUGACCGAGUGUCUUUUACUGUGCAUGCAAUGAAUAAGUCACAAAUUGGUCUUGAUCAGAGCAUGUUCCUGACAAAAAAUGCUCACAUCAAACGCCCAAGAAAUGCAUGGAUUCAUUUCCGAUGCCAUUAUGGCCAGGCCUUGAAGACCGAAGACCCGACCCUUCGCGCAGAAGAAAUUUCAAAACGUGCUUCGAGACGCUGGGCUCGCCUGACGGAGAAAGAAAAGAAACCAUGGCAUGAUCUGGCCGAGCAAGAAAAACAGGCGCACAAGGAAGCCUUUCCAGAAUACCGCUACUGUCCAAAACGAGCCAAUAAUAGCGUUCUUCUCAACUGCCCCACGCCUCCGUCUUCCUCUGCGUCCUCCACCUCUUCACGUAUCUCACCUGUCCUUUGCUUGCCUCGCACGCACGACAUGUCCUUCCCAUUGAUCCACCAGGACAUUAUUGCCAAUGGAAAUGACAUGCACAAAAAAGCAAGACGACGAACAAAAAAAAAUAACCAACAAGAUUUGGAAUAA